AUGCCCGAUACCCUCACCCUCCAAGGCAAAGUCGCCAUCGUAACCGGCUCAGGUCGUGAAAAUGGCAUUGGUGCUGGUAUUGCCCUCGCCCUCGCUCGAAACGGUGCUUCAGUCGUAGUAAACUACGUCUCCGACUCCUCCAAGCAUCGUGCCGAGAAUGUCUGCACCAUGCUUCGUGAGGCAGGAGGAAAAGCCAUAGCUAUCCAAGCUUCAGUCGAUACUACUGAGGGAGCAAAGUAUCUCGUCGAUAAAACCCUUGAGGGGUUUGCGACCGAUCAUAUUGACAUUCUUGCAUUUUUCUGUCCUAUUACUGAUGAACUGAACGUCAAGCAAUUGACCAAAGUCUUCCAGCUUAACGUUCUUGGAGCGUUUUACAUGGUCCACUACGUUAUUGGUCACAUGCCUCCCGGUGGCCGUAUCAUCAACAUCAGUUCCACCAACGCCAAGCGAGGAAACGUCGCCGUCUCUGCGUACGCAGCCUCGAAAGCCGCUCUCGAUAACUUGACAUGGACAUGGGCUGGAGAGCUCGGUCGCAGCAAAGGUAUCACUGUCAAUUCAGUGGCUCCAGGUCCUGUGAGGACGGACUUUUAUCCCAAGGGGCAGGAGGAUGAGUUGAUGAAGUUUGAGGUUGAUAUCACCAGGGCUGCUGAUAGGCCUGGAACGCCCGAGGAUAUUGGUGAUGCUGUUCUUUUGUUGGUUCAGGAGAAGUCUCGAUGGAUCACUGGGCAGUAUAUUGGUGUUAACGGUGGUGUCACUUACUAG